AGGCGCGCCCCUCCGACGGCGCAGAAGACACGGCUCUGGAGCGCGGCUGCUGGGAGGCCAUGGAGCGCCCCGUGAGAGUGAAGGCUUGGGUGCAGGAGAACCGGGCCUCCUUCCUGCCCCCCGUCUGCAACCAGCUCCUGCACCAGAAGCAGCUCAAAAUCAUGUUCGUUGGGGGUCCCAACACCAGGAAGGACUACCACAUCGAGGAGGGUGAGGAGGUGUUCUACCAGCUGGAAGGUGACAUGCUUCUCAAAGUCCUGGAGCAAGGGAAACACCGGGAUGUGGUCAUUCGGCAGGGAGAGAUCUUCCUCCUGCCCGCUGGGGUCCCCCACUCUCCACAGAGGUUUGCCAACACUGUGGGGCUGGUGAUUGAGCGGAGGCGGCUGAAAACGGAGCUAGAUGCGCUCAGGUACUACAUAGGCGACACCACUGACGUCCUGUUUGAGAAGUGGUUCUACUGCGAGGAUCUUGGCACACAGUUGGCCCCCAUCAUCCAGGAGUUCCUUAGCUCUGAGCAGCACAGAACAGGAAAACCCAACCCUGACCAGCUGCUCAAGGAACCGCCAUUCCCCCUGAGCACACGGUCCGUCAUGGAGCCCAUGUCCCUGGAGGCCUGGCUGGAUGGCCACCGCAAGGAGCUGCACGCUGGCAUACCCCUCAGCCUGUUUGGGGACACCUAUGAGACCCAGGUGAUGGUCCGUGGACAAGGCAGCAGUGAAGGCCCGAGACAGGACGUGGAUGUGUGGCUGUGGCAGUUGGAGGGCUCCUCGGUGGUGACAAUGGAAGGACAGCGCCUGAGCCUGACCCCCGAUGACAGCCUCCUGGUGCCAGCUGGGACUGUGUAUAGCUGGGAACAAGGGCAAGGCUCCACGGCCCUGUCUGUGACCCAGGACCCUGCCCGCAAGAAGCCCCUGGGGUGA